GCUAACCUGAAAUUCUAAUCCCUUAAGCUCGGAAAGGUUAUCCAGUAGAAUGUUUAUCCCAUCUAAAGGUCGGCAAAAUCGCAUUCCCGGGAUCCCGGAACGGGAUUUUUUCAACAUUUUGUAGGGAUGGGAUCCCGCGUGAUUAAUCCCGUAAAUCCUGGUAAUCCCAUUGACGCUAAAAAGGGACGGGAUCUCGUAGAAUCCCGUACGGGGUCCCGUGCCGAGCUCAGUCCCAACCAAUUUUUAAACGCCAAUUUUCAGACUUACCUUUUUUACUAUUUAAGUAGAUCAAAAAUUAGUUUCUUAAAUUCAUUAUUAGAAGUCUCUCAAUAUUCUCUCCCUCUUGCUGUCAAAACAUUCAAAAUGCGUAAUCGUGUGGGUCUACUUACAACGUCUGCUACAGCUUCAAUAAAUGUAAAUAAAUUCCUCCCUCGCUCUAUGGGCACUAUCAGCAAAAAUGCAUCUUCCAAGAAGGAUUUUGGCGCUCCGUGGCUUCAGCAACGGCAAUUAGUUGGUGCCUUAAAUCAGUUCCACUCUUCUGCCAAUUUGCUAAAAGAUGAUGACAACAACAAAGGAAAUAGUGGAGAUGGCUUUGUUUUGUUGGAUGGGGAUAAUCUUGGAGGAAUGUUUGCUUCUGAAUUGCCACCAAAGUCUGCCAGAGGAGGAUUGCCAAAAUGUACAAAAUGUGGAAGGCCUUUGAGAAGUUUGAGGAAUACAGUCAAUAUCAACAACAAUCUAUAUGAAUGUACAGAUUGCAAUAUCUUCUAUAGCCGUAGAGUCGGAGGUGGUGGUUCUUCUGCAGAUCAAACCUAUCAAAGCUUGUUGCGAUCUCUUCAAUCUUUUGGCCCUCCUCAAACACCAAAAGAGAUCACUGCGUACCUAGACAAUUUUGUUGUUGGCCAGGAUGCGGCGAAGAGGGCGCUUUCUUUGGGAGUCUACGAACAUUACAUUCGUGUUUGGUCAAAUGAACAGCUUCAAUAUGUUUCUUCUCGAAAACAGACUACAGAAAUGCAACAAUCUACUGCUGCAUUUCAACAUGGCUUGAUUAGUAGACAAAACUCUAAUAUUGCACAUCUUCAAACUUCGUUCAGCCCAGACGUUAUGGUUCGUUUCCAAGGAGCAUCGCAAGGACGGUCAAUGUCUCAACCACCAUAUUCAAAAAGUAAAAAAAAGAAUGUUUCUUCAUUCACCAAUUUGGCUGGAAUUACUAAAGAAGAUCAAAUUCAUCUAGAUAAAGCUAACAUAAUGCUUCUUGGACCGUCUGGUGUUGGGAAAACCUAUAUUGUGAAAGUUCUUGCCAAAAUUUUGGAUGUUCCUUUGGCUCAUUGUGAUUGCACUUCAAUGACCCAAGCAGGAUAUGUAGGAGAAGAUGUUGAAUCAGUAUUGCAAAAAUUAUUGCAAGAAGCAGAUGGUGAUGUAAAUAGAGCACAAAGAGGAAUUGUAUUUUUGGAUGAAGUUGACAAAAUUGCAGCAACUCGUGAUGUUGCUAGUCAUGCAUAUCGAGAUGUUAGUGGUGAAGGUGUUCAACAUGCAAUGCUGAAAAUGGUUGAAGGUUCUGUGAUAUCUGUCAAAAAUGGUCGGAAAGGUCAACAGGACACCGUUCCAAUGGAUACUACCGAUAUUCUCUUCAUUGCUUCUGGCGCAUUUACCGGACUUGAGAAGUUGAUAAGCAGGCGACUAGACAAACAUAUGCUUGGAUUUGGAACCCCUCCACCAGUCAAUACAAUAACUAAAGACGAUGAUCAACAACUUGAACUUGCCAAUGAAAAACGUGAUCGUUUGUUAAAACAAGUUCAGGCUGAUGACUUGACGAAGUUUGGAAUUAUCCCAGAAUUGGUUGGCAGAUUCCCAAUUAGAGUACCAUUCACCAGUCUCGAUAAAGAAAGUUUAAAACGUGUAUUAACUGAGCCAAAGAAUUCAAUGCUUGCCCAAGAACAAACUUUCUUCAAAAUGCAUGGGGUCAAAUUAGAGAUUACUGAUGAUGCAUUAGACGAAAUGGCCCAAAUGGCAUUAAAAGGCCGAGUUGGGGCACGUGCCCUAAUGUCCAUUCUAUAUAAUGUCUUGUGGGAAGCAAAAUAUAAUUUGCCUGGUUCUGAUUAUGAUACAGUUCAAAUCACUGGUUCAGCAGUUCGCGGUGAAGGACCACCAUACGAGGUAACACAUAAAGAAGCAUCGACAGCAGCAACAGGUUCAGCGUCUAAUAACACAGCAGCAGCAGAAUAUUCAAACUCACAACGGCAGCAUCAACAACAUCAGGUUUUGUCAUCACCGGCACAGAUUGCUGUUUAA